AUGGUGAUGAAGAAACGGAAGACGAAAUUGACACAAUUGAAGCGACGAAAUAACACGCGAAAAAUGGUGACGAGAAAACGUAAGCGGAAAGGAAACAUCGAGGAUAUAGAGAACGUUGAAUUACAAUCGAUACCUUCUACCUCAUCCUUGCAGUCUUUAAAUUCAUCGUCGAAAGGGCAAGUAACUAUGCUGAAUGAUAGGAAUGAUAGUGAUUUGGUUGGAGGCAAUUAUUUUCCUUUCUCUGAACUUCCUUUGAAUGUUCAGAAGAAAAUUUUGACUUAUUUGCCUUUGAAAUGCCGUGUACGUUUGGAGCGUGUAUCGAUGACAUGGAAAAGAUUGUUAAAUAUAUCAUGGCAAAAUAUUACCUUCGCAGACAUUCCGUCUACUGUUACGAAUUCUUUUCAAAUCCGGCCAAUUGAUGACCAUCAUGUUUGUGGCUUCUUACAGAAAUGCGGACGUUAUUUACGCUACAUUGAUUUCUUUAUUCCGCAUGUUAAUAUUGGCAGACAUGUAUUGUUCAGCAUCUGUCAGAGAUGUGUAAACUUGCGUGAAUUGCGCCUAAUAACGGAUGUAAAUGGUUGUGCAAUGACAAAUCUGCUCAAAGAAUAUAGCCAUCAGCUGGCUCAACUCCAGUCUCUUAGUAUUAGUUAUCAAGCUCAAGAUGAACUCUAUAAUGGGAUGCGCGCUGUGGCUCGUUCGAUGACAGAAUUGCGUUCUUUUCGUUUGGAUUGCUAUACGAUGCCUGCAAACGUAUCCGCUUUAUUUCCUAAUAGUCCUCAUAUGAGAAUCUAUUCGCUUUUAUUGAAACAGCCAGCUAAUGUUAGUGCCAGCAGUAGUUCAUCGAUUCAAGGAUCUACUCUGCAGUAUGAAUGUAAAUAUGUUCGUCCUGAAUUUGUAAUUGAUUUCUUUGCUUAUUUGGGGGAUGUGUAUCUCGAGCUUGAACAACUUGACAUCUCAUUUGAUACCAAUUAUCCGGUGAAUGAAGAGAAAAUAUAUCAUAAUUUGCGUAUGAUCGGAACAACGCGUGCAUUGAAACGUUUGAAUUUGCGAAUUGCCGCACUGCUGGAUAACAAUACAGAAUGGUUUGGAACACGAGCUUUACAAGCCCUCGCCUAUUUUCCGACACUGACUCACUUAUCACUGUGGACAUGCGCUCUACCGUUUGAUUUACCGCAGAUAUUGGCGGAAUCACCGUUGGCGAAUAACCUGACAGUGCUUCGAUUAGCUAUUGUACGCAAUCUAUCGAACAAUAUGUUAUGCGCCAUAUUUCGUGCAUUACCAUCGCUCACUUCAUUUACCUUAAUAUAUAGCGUUGAUGGGCGUUUCACAUGUCCAGCUUGCAUUGAUGUGUUGACUUUCGUGCAGUUGUUUCAGUAUUGCCCCAAGAUAAGCGAGCUGGAACUCCAUGAUUGUGUUACGGUGGAUAUUACACGCUUGGCUAUAGCUGCCCACUCGCAUUUUCAUAAUUCAAGCACUUCUUUAGGAAGUGAUGGUUGUCUGAAAAUAGUAGUAAAAACAAGAGAGCGUAAACGACGACGUGAUUCGUUGAAUAGACUACUACGCUGUUGUACAGAGAUUGAAAGCACACAAAAUACAACUAUUGUUAGUAUCUACAAAACAUGCUGUCAUCUGAAAAAAACACCAAUUCUUCCUGAACAUCGAUAA